ACAAACCGACAUGUCGGCGAUUGUGUACAUUCUCUUCAUAUUACUGGGUCAUAUUUUAGGUUGUGAAGCUGGUGACUUUUGUUACCAGUACCUGACCUACUCCUUCAGCUAUGGCCUGGAAUAUUUCUCCUACUACGGCUACUGUGAUGACGGCUGUUGUGGUUCUACAGUAACCCGAACAUGUUGCCAAAAUAAGAGCAAUACGGGGAUGAUCGUUGGUAUCGUCGUCGGUAUUUUCCUGUUUUUCCUUUGUCUCGCCAUCAUUGUCGUUUGUAUUUACAAAAAUUCCAAACCACUUAGUUUCCAAGACAAUGACAUUGAAGAUUCCCAUUCGCAGUGCAACAGUGAGAUAGACUUGGGUCCGAUGUACGGCGAGGACGGCGACCAACCGUUCCACAUCCCUCCAAAUCAGACGGAAUCUGGCCCACCUUAUGGCGUGACGGGAUACGACAAUCUGGCCAUAACGGUGGAGGCCUCCAUGUCCCCGCCUCCUGCUUACACUGACGCAGAGAAAUACUAGCGUUAGUGGCGAAACCACAACAGUUUCAUAAAGACUUCUUUGUUUCAUCAAGUAAAAAAACAAGGGAAUUCGCUAUGAUGACUUUGAAUGGAAUGAAAGUAUUUAUUUCGCGACAGUGAACAUCCCUUCCCUCUGAUUAUUCGAUAACUAUUGCCCCGGAAGACCACAUAUCUCGUAAGCAUGUAUUUCAGAAGUACCACUGUUAGUUGACAUCGUUAAACUCUCUACCGCUGCACCAAAUACUGUGGAUGAUAUUUUUUCAACUUUCAUGAUUUAUAGGAGCGUAAACUAGCCUGGUGGAAACUACAAAGCAGGAAACUUGUGUCCCUUCCGUUUUUUAUCCUCCCAGUUCAAGAACAUUUCAACUUUCUAGUCUAGACCGUCACACUAAACAACAAUGCCAUCCUAUGCCUUGUCCUGAUGCUGACAGUUCUAGUCUAGACCGUCACACUAAACAACAAUGCCAUCCUCUGCCUUGUCCUGAUGCUGACAGUACUAGUCUAAACCGUCACACUAAACAACAAUGCCAUCCUAUGCCUUGUCCUGAUGCUGACAGUUCUAGUCUGGACCGUCACACUAAACAACAAUGCCAUCCUCUGCCUUGUCCUGAUGCUGACAGUUCUAGUCUAGACCGUCACACCAAACAACAAUGCUAUCCUCUGUCUUGUCCUGAUGCUGACAGUUCUAGUCUAGACCGUCACACUAAACAGCAAUGCCAUCCUCUGUCUUCACCUGUAACCAUUCUCGUGCACAACCUUAGAUUCUGUGCUUAAGUCCAAUUUCUUGUUUCAGUUUACAUUUUGUCAAUUAAUUUGUUGAGGUUUUGAUAGACGUGGGGCCAAAUACCAUUUUCAGUUUUUACAAAAAUGUUUUUGCAUAUGAUUACAGCGAGCUACAAUAAAGUUGUUUUGAGCACAGAGUCCAUGCUUGAGCAUGAGAUCGGUUUUAUGGAUAGGGACCCACCUGAUAUAUCUGGGACGACAUAGACACAUAAUGGAAUCCAUCACGCCUGUGUAAUAUAGACAGAAAUCUCAACUCGAUGGUAAAAGCUUUUUAGUACGAGGGUUGAGAUUUCCUUGUCAGCGGGUAAGAAAUAGAGGAUCAUCAGUCUUCAGUAAUUACAUUACGCGCGAUGUUUGUGACACCGCUUCAAAACACCCAUGGUGCCUGCUAAAAGUAUAGCUUUAUAUAUCAGUUUUCAGAACCGGAUCUCAUAUUAUACAUCACGUUUGUUCAAUAUCAUUCAUCUAAUGGCAAUUAUCGAUAGUAUAACACAACAUGAAGAAUUCUGUUUCACCAUAAUAACCUCGAAAACGUCACAAUAACUCGUGUAGCGCGUACCAUCUACAAGGUAAGACAUUUCGAAGGCAUUCAGACGCUUACUCAGCAGGACAGGAGGAUAUUGUCAAAUAUUUGAGAUAAAUAAAGUUAUAUUU